CAGCAGUGUCAGAGAGUAAAAUAAUGCAGAGAUAAAUGGCAUGAAAAUAUUCUGAAAGCGACCCAAUCUUUAUGAAAGGAUGGCUCAAGGGCCAGUGGAGGAAUGGUUCUAUCUUCAAGAGAACAACCCUUGAUAAGAGGAAUAGAAGGCGAAAGAAGAAAGCAGGACUGGAAGAAGAUCUGAAUACAGCUGCCUUUUCUGAGAAUGAUGCAGUAAAGAGUGGCACCUGGGAGCGAAAACAGGUGAAGGCUGUGAAGAGACGACUCAUAGGCAUCAUUGAGGAGACCCAGAGGAGAGGAGGCCAAGAGGAACUGGCAGAGGAGAACAACAGCCAGGACCUGGAAAAGGCCUCCCUCUAUGAAUACUAUGGGUCCAUCCUCCGUGCUUCAAAUGACUCUCAGCUGGUCCAGGAGCAUCUCCAUACCAUCCUAUCCUUGGCUUACAAGGGGCCUUUGGAAGUAAAGGGGAUAGCGUCUGCUCUUGGACUUGCAGCCACUCGGCACCUUCAAGAUGUUCUCAAAGUAUUGGAGAACUUCAAUGAGAAAGCACUGGAGAACAACGACGAUGACAACCAGGGUCUACUAUUGGGCACGCUACUGUUUUGUUAUGGACACGUGGCCAUGACUAUCGGAGAUCAGGUGCUGCCAGUAACAGAUGCAAUCGCGUCCAAGAUGAUUACAAUCCUCGGGGCCAGUCCACUGGACAAGAACCUGAAGAGAACCUUCCUGGUGGUUGUCCUGAUGCUUCUAGAGGCUAUUGUUGUCACAGGCAAAGCGCAAAGCCUUGAGCUGCUCAUGAAAGGGCCGCUGGUAGAGUGCCUGAUUUUUGUGCUAGAAGAAGAGCCCAGCUGCACACUGGAUGACAGGAUGUGCCAGGACUCAAUGCUCAUCAUGGCAGAGCUCAGGUACUGCGCAUGA